AUGUAUGAUUUAUAUCUGAAAAAGUAUGAACCUGAUGUUCAUAAAUUAAAACAAGGCGGUCUUCCAUACAAACCAAAAAUAUCAUACGAUUUUUACGGACGAUACUUUCGUGAGAAUUUUAAUAUUAGUUUUGGUACAGCACGUAAGGACACUUGCAAAAAAUGCGACAUAUUAAACAAUCGGAUACAAAGUGCCGAUUCAGAAGAAGAAAAAAAGGCAUUGGCGUUCCAGAGAAAAAUGCAUCUCCAGAAGUCCGAGUGGUUCUAUAAAGAGCUAAAGGAAAAAUCCAAAGAAGCGCAAGAAAAUGAUGAAAUUGAAGUUUUGUGCUUCGAUUUCCAACAAAACAUGCCCCUUCCUAAGGUGCCUUCAGGAGAUAAAUUUUAUUUACGUCAGUUAUGGGUACAUAAUUUCUGCAUGCACUCUGCAAAAAAUAAGACAGGACAUUUCUUUAUGUAUGAUGAAAGUAUAGCUAAAAAAGGAUCAAAUGACGUGUUAAGUUUUCUAAAUUACUAUUUUGAAAAAGUUUUAAAUACCAAUGUGAAAAUCUUAUAUUUAUUAAGCGAUAACUGUUGUACGCAAAAUAAAAAUAAUAUUUUGGUUAUGUUUUUAGUUGCAAUGUGUCAGGAAGGAAAAUUUGACACAAUAAUUCAUCGCUUUCCUGAAGUUGGGCACAGUUUUCUUCCCUGCGAUCGUUACUUUGGAAUAAUUGAAAAAAGAGGAAAUGUAUUUAUAGGGUUUUCUUACCACAUGAGUAUAUGA